ACAAUUUAUAGCAUGCCAUAAUCACAUAAAUUUGAAAUUAAAUUUAAUAUUCUCAUUUAAAAUGAACAGAAUGAUAUUUUUAGUCUCCCACUUUUGCGGAUAUGUUUCGUGUAUUAAUCAAUAAAUAUUUGGCACACAGCGUCGCACAAAAUUCGCGAACAAUAUGUUACCGAGUGGAACCUCUGCCCGACUCCUUGGCCAGUCUGGGCGAGGGACCCCACUGGGAUGCUGCCAGGCAGAGUCUCUACUAUGUGGAUUUGCCUGUGGGUGGUUUGCUCCGCUACGAUUACAGGGAGAACAAGGUGUAUAGGACACAGAUUGAGGGAGAGAAGCUGGCCAGCUUUGUGCUGCCCGUGGAGUGCAACUUGGAGGAGUUUGCCGUUGGCUGUGGUCGACGCGCUGUCAUCGUCAACUGGGAUGGAGUCGCCCCUUGUGCAAAGGUGAGGCGCACGCUGUUCGAAGUGCAGCUGGACAAGCCACAGAAUCGUUUUAAUGACGCGAAAACCGAUCCGAACGGACGUCUCUUUGCGGGUACUAUGCUCUAUGGACCCGAGGAGUUUGAGCGACGUGAAGGAGAACUCUAUCGCUGGCAAGCCGGUGGCAAAGUGGAGCUGGUAAAAAACGACGUUGGUAUUUCCAACGGACUCGCCUGGGACAAGAAAUCUAAAAAGUUUUACUACGUGGAUACCACCGACUACGAGGUCAAGUCCUAUUGCUAUGACAUUGAGACCGGCUGCAUUGACAAACCCAAAGAGAUCUACAAUUUUCGCAAGACUAGCCCCAAGGAUCAUAUUCAGCCCGAUGGCAUGACCAUCGACACCGAUGGCAACAUCUAUGUGGCCACUUUUAAUGACGCCGCCGUCUAUAAGAUUGAUCCAAGGUGCUGCAAGUUGCUGCAAAAGAUCAAGCUGCCUACUAUGCAGAUAACUUCAGUGGCUUUUGGUGGACCCAAUUUGGACAUUCUCUUUGUUACCACAGGAGCUAAGCAUGGAGAACCUGCACCAGCUGGCACCACCUACCAGGUGAUGGGACUUAAUGUUCAAGGCUAUGCUGGCGUGAGUCUUAAGAUCUAAAUCCGAAGUUAAAUUUGAAAAAUUUCACGUAAAAAAUUGAGCAAAACAAAGCGGCGGAUUCAGAAAGUUUGAAAAUCCAGGGUCUAGUGUAGUCUAUACAAGUUAUUGAGUAUAAAAAUUUAUGUUUGUGAUGGUUCUUUAUGUCACUUGUAUUCAUAUUGGAAUUUGUAUAUUGUAGCAGAAAUACA